GCGAUGCAGUGCUGUGCGUUGGCGACUGGCAGUUUGAUUACUUACAUACUGUUGGUGCUGAUCGAGCCGGGCGUCGAGAGGUCGCAUCGAACCCGCCUCCGGCUUGGAAAUCGCUGGUUCUCCAAUCCAACACACAGAUGCACGACGAACAACUCUGUCACGAUCCGUCCUCAGCAGGUUUUCCAGUUGGGUUGAAAGCGGGUUGGCCGGCGAUAGGGGGAGCCAGGCACGCCGUUUACCUGUGUAAUCAUUAAGGGAAUUAAUGCUAUGUAUGUGAGAUAUGCCACGCAACUCUCGUGCAUUUUCGGGCGUUACCGGCCCUUUGUAUACCUUCUCUUACCCUUCCAUUUCAGCCUGAACACGAGAUGCGCGUGGGACAAGCGAGGCGGGCACCGCAUCUUGCUUUCCCCUCGAUCUGUUGCGGGCACCCCUGGGAAAGCUCCCCACCCCGAGCCACCCAACGGGCACUCUCCAGUCUCCACGGACGCUUCCCGAUCGCCUGAUCGGAAGCAUUCCAGAUCCCGCCCAGGGCUGUUGGGGUUGUGCCGAUUGAUUAACUGCAGGCCUGCACCGGGCACACACACCAGUCCCCGAUCUCAUUGGGCAGAGCGUUGGGGAUCGCGUUUCCAAUCACCCGCCAGGCUGGCAGCGUUCCGCGGGGGCCCGCUCCCAGUUUCGAAACGUCUUUGGUUCAAGCCACCCAUGCCGCGAGGCCUGGUUGAUGACAUGGGAACUUUUCAGCAUCACGGGGACUAUAACUAGGUACUUGUACAAGUAUUUGUGUAACAAUGUAUUGUAUGUACAU